AUGUGCGUCCCCGCUGGUGGUAGCGGGGGUGAGUUUGUCGCUGACCUAACCAGCCCGCAGGGGAGAGCGGUUGGAGUGCCCGCUCCCCUUGACUUGCCAACUAGUGGCCCAGGCACGAUCGGCGACUUGAGAGAAGCGAGUGGGCUGUACGCCGCCUUGAAAAAGGCAACGGUGUUUGCGCCCCGACAAACACUCCCGCACAAGGCGUUAGCCUCCCGACAACCGUUUGGCACCGUUAGGUGGCCGUCGGAGAGACCGCAGCAGGGCGUGGCACCUAUGCGACCCGAUAGCGAUCGCCGACCGGCUCACGAAGGGAGCGCAGUGGCGGUGAAGCGGUGCGGGCGGCGGGCGGUGGCAGCGGGGGGCCGGUUGUCUCGAGGGGACAACGGCGAGAGUGCGCAGUGGAGACGUCCGCUCGGGACGGCUGUUCGGCGCGGAAUGUAA